GCGGGCUUAGGGGGCGGGCCGAGCACGGGGGCAGGGCUAGCGGACGCGGGCCCACGCGUGGGGCCAUGCAGGUGGCCAUGACCGGUAGGGCCCGCAAAGAGGCGGUGCAGGCCGCGGCCCGGGAACUCCUCAAGUUCGUGAACCGGAGCCCCUCUCCUUUCCACGCCGUGGCCGAGUGCCGCAGCCGCCUUCUCCAGGCUGGCUUCCAUGAACUCAAAGAGACGGAGAGCUGGGAUAUCAAGCCGGAAAGCAAGUACUUCCUGACCAGGAACUCCUCCACGAUCAUCGCUUUUGCUGUGGGAGGCCAGUAUGUUCCUGGCAAUGGUUUCAGCCUCAUUGGGGCCCACACGGACAGCCCCUGCCUCCGGGUGAAACGACGGUCCCGCCGCAGCCAGGUGGGUUUCCAGCAGGUUGGCGUGGAGACCUAUGGUGGUGGGAUCUGGAGCACCUGGUUUGACCGGGACCUGACCUUGGCUGGACGUGUCAUUGUCAAGUGCCCUACCUCAGGCCGGCUGGAACAGCGGCUGGUGCACGUGGACCGGCCCAUUCUCCGCAUCCCACACCUGGCCAUCCAUCUGCAGCGCAAUGUCAACGAGAACUUUGGGCCCAACAUGGAGAUGCACUUAGUCCCCAUUCUUGCCACAGCAGUCCAGGAGGAGCUGGAGAAGGGGACCCCUGAGCCUGGGCCUGUCAAUGCUACAGAUGACCGGCACCACUCGGUCCUCAUGUCCCUUCUCUGCGCCCAUCUGGGACUGAGCCCCGAGGAUAUCUUGGAGAUGGAGCUUUGUCUUGCUGACACGCAGCCUGCGGUCCUGGGUGGCGCCUACGAGGAGUUCAUCUUUGCCCCUCGGCUGGACAAUCUGCACAGCUGUUUCUGUGCCCUGCAGGCUUUGAUCGACUCCUGUGCGGCCCCUGCCUCUUUGGCCGCGGAGCCCCACGUGCGCAUGAUCGCUCUCUAUGACAACGAAGAGGUGGGCUCUGAGAGCGCCCAGGGGGCACAGUCAUUGCUGACAGAGCUGGUGCUGCGCCGACUCUCAGCCUCACUCCAGCACCUGACGGCCUUCGAGGAAGCCAUCCCCAAGUCCUACAUGAUCAGCGCAGACAUGGCGCACGCCGUGCACCCCAACUACCUGGACAAGCAUGAGGAGAACCACCGGCCCUUGUUCCACAAGGGCCCUGUGAUUAAGGUGAACAGCAAGCAACGCUAUGCCUCGAAUGCGGUUUCAGAGGCCCUGAUCCGAGAGGUGGCCAAUAAGGUCGGGGUGCCCCUGCAGACAUGGCAGCUUUGGAAGGAUGGUGAUUUUGGAGACUGUGGUCUGACAACCUGAGUGUCUGUUUUUAUCAUGGGGGACAGUGCUUUGGGGUCACUUCUGUUGACGUAGCUAGAAAAAAAUAUCUAUGUUUUGAAAACCAUGAGUUAAUACUAUAAUUCUUAUUCAAAAAAAAUAAUAGUUAUUACUUAAUCUGAUUUUAUAAUUCUGUUUUCCCUCACACUGAAAAUCUCAACAUUGUACAUCAUAUUAUGACUUUCUUAUUUAUUUUUUUACCAGAAUAUAAAGGAAAUGGUUUCGGAAUGCCAAUAGCAAUAUUUCUAAAAACACUAAAACUGCUGAAUGAUUGUUCUUUGUGUGUGUAUGGGGGCGGGGAGAGAGUGUAUGUUAAGCAAGCGGUUGAUAUAAACGACACAUUUUUUUUUUUUAAUUCCCUUGCCUGCUAUGGAUUCUUAAUGGAAGGCAAGAUGGUGGUAGCCAGAAUGAGGGUGGCAGUAGUUCAGACGGAGAAAAUGGGACCAAUGCAGAAUAUACUGUUCUCUGGGCCUGCCAUUUAAUGUGGGCUUCCUGUUUUCAUUCUGGUCACAUCCACUCCCUGAGGGGGCAGAAGCGGGCCCCUGUCAGCCCUGCAGUUCUUAGG